UACAAAUGUGUAUUUCCACCACUUAAUUUGCAGAUAAUGAAAUAGACCAACUUGGUCUAUGUCUUGUGAAUGAAACAACUGCUAAAGAGCUCAUCCCCCCGGUGGGACCAAGGCUCAAGUUCUUAUUAAAAUUGAAAGAGCUUCAGGGAAAAAUUUCCAGGGACUUGGUGGCACUUUCCUUGGCCUGUGGUUCUAUAUGACAUUAUGGAAUACAUUUGCCCAAAGUGUGGAGUGUUAAUAUCCAGAGACUCAAAAGUACUUCUGUGGCACUUGGAAAACAUUCACAAUGUAAUCAAAGGUCGAGUUUUUACUGAAAUUGUAAGAUGCACUCAAGAAGGCUGUCAAAGAACAUUCUCAGGCAGGACAGAGCAGUUUAAACGCCAUUUGAGUUCACAUUUGGGUACUAAUGAUCCAUAUGCUCAAGCAGUUGCUCAGCAUUCUGAUGAUGACUUAGAUGAUGACCUACCUGAAAACAUUGAGAAUAAUGUUGCAGAAGAAAAUACUGUUAUGUGGGACAAUUUUGGUGAGGCAGAACUUAAAGAGCAAGUUGUUAUGCUCGUUGCAGGUUUAUUGGGCUCUAGCAGUGUUGUACAUUCAACUGUGAACCAUGUCAUAGAAAAGUCAGCAUCUUUAAUGGAAGAUGUUUGUGACUAUGUAAAACAUAAAUGUAGACAAUUUGCCAAUGCUGUUGGCAUCCCAGAAGAAGAAAACACUUUUCAAAAACUCCUUGGAGAUAUAGAUGCAAUACCACAACCUUUCAAGAGUAUGGAUACUGAGCACAAGCGAAAGAAAUUCUUUGAAAACUGUUCUUCUUUUAUUCAGCCAGAGCAACUGCCACUUGGAAUUAGAUACAUUCAAUGCAAUGACCGUGCUACAGGAAAUGUGCAACAGAUAAUGAAAACUGUAUCAUACCAAUAUAUACCAAUACAAACGCUAAUCAAGCUGUUAAUUGAAGAAACAGAUCUUCUUAAACUGUCUCAGCAAUAUGAACCAAGCAAAGACGGCUUGAUGCGGGACUUCCAUGAUGGCACAUAUUGUAAGCAAAGUGAGUUUUUCUCAAGCCAACAUACAUUUAAGUUAAUAUUGUACAUAGAUGACUUUGAGGUGACUAAUCCGCUCAGUCCAAAGUCUGGAACCCAUAAGCUUGGAGGAGUAUACUUCAAAAUUGCAAAUGUGCCUCCCAGGUAUAGAUCGCGUCUGUCAAAUAUCUACCUUGUGAUGUUGUAUAAUGCAAGUGAUGCAAAACUCUUUGGAUUUCACAAAAUAUUUGCACAAUUUGUCGAGGAUAUGAAGCUUUUGGAAACAGAUGGUAUUGACAUUCAACAUGACAACUUCUAUGGAAAUGUCAAAGUUAGCAUUGCUCAAGUUGUUGGAGACAAUUUAGGGAUCCAUUCCCUUCUGGGGUUUGCAGAGGGAUUUACUGCAAACUUUCCCUGUAGACAUUGUAAAAUGCACCGUAAUGAGACAAAACGUGCGUUAAUUGAAGAAAAGGAAGCAUUGCGAACACCAGAGAAUUACCAGCAUGACCUUAAUCGAGAAAAUCUGCAAGAAACUGGUAUCAAGUCUUCCUGUGUCCUUGAUGACUUAACUCACUUUCAUACAACUUCAAACAGAGCCCCAGAUAUCAUGCAUGACAUACUUGAAGGUGUAUACCCCCUUGAAGUAAAACUAGUGCUUCAUGAACUAAUUCAGAAGGGAUAUUUCACUGUAGACCAAUUGAAUGCUAGAAUUACAAGUUACAACUAUGGGUAUGGAGAUGCAAGCAACAAACCUUGUACGUACUCAGUGAAUCAGCUGCGUUCACCUGAUGGAUCAGGAGGACAAAACGCAGGCCAGAUGUGGUGUUUGAUUCGUCACAUUGGAGUUAUGCUUGGUGAUCUCAUUCCAGAAGAUGAUCCUCACUGGGAAUUAUUAUUGGCAUUACAAGACUGCAUGGACAUUGUGUUUGCACCAGUGAUUAGUAGAGGAGAUGUCUUGUUUCUUGAGCAACUGAUUAAAGAUCAUCAUAUGAUAUAUCUCGAGUUGUUUCCUGAGCGACACUUAAAACCAAAACACCAUUUCAUGUUGCAUUACCCAUCAGCUAUGCAUUUGCUAGGUCCACUCAUAACAUAUUGGGUGAUGAGGUUUGAGGCGAAGCACAAUUUUGCAAAACGCCUUGCACACAUUGUCUGCAAUUUUACCAACAUAACAAAAACACUAGCCUAUCGUAACCAAAUGCAGCUCUGCUAUUUGGUAAUGAGUAGACAGACAACAGUAGAAAGGGAAUUUGAAGUAGGACCAGGCACAUCAGUAAUUUUGGCAUCCUUAGAAGAUGCUGAUGUGAUUGCUCAGAGUGUUGAAAUUCCACUGUAUGAUGAAGUUUACAGAGCACAUUGGUGUAAAGUCCAUGGUAUAGUGUAUCAAGAAAAUAUGAUGGUAGUGGUUGAUAAAACUGGAGAUGGAGAUCCCCUGUUUGGCAAAAUUGGAGUGGUGCUUUCUGUUGGUACCAGUGUCUUCCUGGUGUGUGACCUGUGGGAGACUGUUGGGUUUCGCCAACAUUUCCAUGCAUAUGUUGUACAGCCAGCUCCAGCAAAGAAUGUUUGUGUUGUUAAACCUGAGGAUCUGGAUGUUUUCUACUCCUUGCAUGCUAAUCAGUCGUAUGCAGAAGAGGAUAGAAAUUACUACAUAAGCAUGAGACAUAAAUAAGCUGAGCAUAUGCUUCCUCUGCAUACAGUAUGCUGUUCUACAUACUACACACUUUCAACCACAACUCUCACUAGUUCCUGACCCUAUGCAUACUGGUUGAUACUACUCAAUCCAAAUCAUGUACAUCAGCUUGGCUGUACCACUUGGAUAGCACUGCUUGUACGGAAAGGAGGAGACAUAAAUAGACAUCAAGCACCAUGCAUGAAUCUGAUGAUGACAUUGAUGAGCAGCCAAGCACGAGUACUAUAGGACCCAAGAUGCCAAAGUCCAACAAUGCACCAAGCCAUGACAAGAAACGUGAAGUGCCCAUGAGUGCCUCUGGUACUCAGUCCAGCUCAAACAACAUUGGAGCCAAGAGGCCAAAGUGUGACUUUGACAUGGCAGAUAUUUUAUUGAAGCGGCAGAAUGGAGAGAAGCUGGUGAAGGAAUUAGAAGAAGGAUGCCUUAGUUACAUGUCUCGUAAAGAUAUUGUCAAGACGUUGGUAUCCCACCUCAUGACCCAGUAUGGAGACAGACCAUCAAAGGAUGUAAAAGUGGCAAUGGCAAAAGCUAUUGUAAGUCAGUUCCCAAUGAUGAACAACAAGGAAGGUGAUGCACAUCUGACCUGGUUUUCUCCUUCACAAGUGAUGGAAAAUGGGAAAAAAAAGGAUUCCUCAGGUUACCUUGAAGUCCGACUGCGUAAUGUGAGAAACAGGUCAACAGUGAAAAUUGGACCAAUGUCUAGUUCAACGAAGCCACAUCGAGUCCUUACCAGCACAGCAAAGUUGAAUCUAUCAAAAGGUGGUGAUGUAGAAGAUAUUGAUGGGAAAAUAAAGUGGCUGAAACACCACACAGAGCCAAAACAGCAAGUGAAAACUUGGAUGCAAGAAACAUGCACAGCACGGGCCUCAUUUAUCCGGGAAAACAAAGGCCUUCCUGCAAAGGAUCUUCUUGAAAGAUUUCCACGUCUUAUUGACAGUGAUGGCAUGGUGGAUCAGGACUUCCGAAUCCUGUUCCCGAAGUCAGCUGAUGCCUUGUUCGUGAAAUGGCCAAAGUACAUUGACCUCAUCUUGAAAUAUGCUGAAAAGCAGAACUUUGAGCAGCACUUGCGAUGCGAGGAAGCCAAAACUGAUGCAGAGAAAUGUAACCUGUCCUUUUUGGUUCUUCCCUUUCUAUUUCCACCCGGCCAAAUCAGAGGAAGUAAGUCUUCCAAAAGCAGAUAUGUUCGUGCAACUGUUCAGGAAGCAAGUGCUUCAUUCAUACAACGAAGAGAAAUUGGAACAAACAUCCCACAAUUCCUGGAGGAAAACAGGCAUGCACAACCGUUUGUCCUAGCCCUAGGCAAUAGGAUGCUGCUUCCAGAACAAGUGUUUGUCAUCGUGGAACAAUUUACCAUCCCUUGUUCUGAUCUCCUUCAGGGAGUAGACAGAUGCUUCAAGCUCAUCUACAUACUUGAUGUUGAGUUCCCUUGGGAAUGUCAACAUGUCUGGGAUUUUCUUCAGAAGUGUAUGUUUAGGCUUGGGGAGGGGAAGGGAAGGGAUUCAUCAGUUCCAGCAGUAACCCUCCUUCGAAACUUCCUUGAAAACCAAAUGUAAUUAAUCAUAUGGCAUAAAUCUAAGUACUGCAUGAGUCCUUGUACAGCCCACAAAUGUAGCAACUCACACAAAUGUAGUAAAACAUCUCCCACAGACGUAGUAAAAGUGUCUCCCACAAACCUAGAUAGCUAAUUCUUUGACUCUUAAAACUAAAUUUCCAACUCUUUACCCAGUGUACACUGUGAUGAAAUCAUCUAGAGGUAAGUGGUACUUCUUUAGGCAUCUUAACAUGUAUAGUUUUUUUUUGUUACACCGUUUUAACAAUUCAGAAACGUGGGAGUCCCAUUUCAGGUUUGAUUGGGUAAUCACACCUAAGAUUUUAGCCUUAUCCACUGAAUUUCGCUAAUACCAAUUGACAGGAACGAAAUCAACCUGUGUUUUUUUGCGAAGGAUACAGAUAUAAUGGUACAAUUGUUUUAGGUUAUCCAUGAUAUUGAAUCUGAAUUGUUCCAUUGAGAAUGCAUCAUCUUGAAUUAUCUCAAAGUAUAAGUGUUUGAGAAAAGUGCUGUUCAUGCCCUAUCAGUUGUGGUUUUCAACAGCAAAAGUGUAUAUGUGUUGAAAUAAUGUAGCAACAAUUUGUUUUUAUGUACACCAACUAUGUACCGGUAUGUUAGACAUGUUAUGGACAUUUAAAGGCCAAAUCCAUUUCAGGUUCACGCUCAUUUUAAUAGGGUAAACAUUUUCAAGCACAGCAGUAAAAAAUGAUGUAAAUUAGAUUAAAAUUAAGGAAGUUAUUACAUUUUGAAGUUCUUGAAACUUCUUCAACGAUUAUAUAUGAAUAUGCAAAUAAGUGACUUGAUGACAUCAUCGCCUGACAAUUUUCCAUUCAUUUUUUACAAAUAAAUGACAAAAAUUUCACAUUUCAGCUUUGUGAAUAUUAAACUCACCUUAAUUCCUCUCUAAAUAGUUGCAGAAUAUUGUUAACUAAUAUAUUUUGUUAUGAGGGAGACUUUCACAUGUUAUAGCUAAAAAGGUUAAUGUUUCAGAUUUUGUUUGUACAAAAUAUAUGGCGAGUUAUGAGGCUAUGACAUCAACUCACUCAUUUGCAUAUUCAUAUUGAUGUUUCAAGAAAUGUUUCAUCGAAAUUUGCAAAAUUUAAUAACUUCCUGAUUUCUAAUCCGAUUUUAAUCAAAUUUUCACUGAUCUAUUUGAAAAUAGUUACUCUUUCUCCUGAAAUUAACUUAAUCUGGACCGGAUUCAGCCUUUUAAUACUUCAGAGCAGAAAUGUAUAUAUGUUUGAAUGAAUGUAGGAAAUCACAAUUUUUUAAAGUUGAUGUGUGUCACAAUUUUGAUGAAUAUGUGAUGCGCUUUAAAGGGAUAGUUGAGUAGUGGAUGACUAGUCUAAAAUCAUCUUCGAAGUGUCUGUAGUUGUUGUGUCAAACUUCUAAAGACCUUAACUCCUGAAUUGUUCAUCUGAUUUUGCUCAAACUUUUACUAAUUUAUGUAUAUAUAAGUACUCUUCUGAUAGUCACAUGUAGAUUUCUGGGUUUAAUUCCCCAUUAUGAAUUAUUUACUCAUCUGUAUGUGGCAUUAAAAUAGCAGUCUGAAGACUUAAAACUGCAUCAAUUGGCAACAAAAUUACUAGGGGGUAACCAUAGUGACACAAUUGGUAAGCAUUUUCUCUUCCAAAAUUAUCAGGUAUAAAAAUAAUACUGAUUCAAAUGUAUAGUGAACACUGGGUUCCGAUCUACGCCCAAUCCUGUCGAACACAGUUGAAAUGUGUGACGUCACAGAAAGGAGCAAAUUUCCCCAAGCAGACGACGUCCUACUAUAACGUACACAAUUUCAAAGCAACGUUUUAUCCUGUAUAAUUAGUUUGUCAUAGGUGUAAGGGAAACAAAUGCAAAGAGAAACUUAGACAGACCCCUGAUAUUUCACUUUUGUGUUGAACAGGCCGAUGAACAGGGAUAAUUGACGGCAUUCGCUGACUUUGCUCUCGACAUAGGUAACUAGGUGAAAACUGCAUAUACAGCGGCCAUGGCGGUGUGACCAUUAUAGUAUACAACCGUAUUGUAUUGUGGGACUUUUAAAUGCGAAAGUGGAAUUUGUACCUUUUCAGAAAGGUAAUUUAUCCUUGCAGUGAACGUUUUUGAGCAGGACAUUUUACUUUCCACGGUCUGUGAAACUUCUUUCUAAUGGCAUAGGCAAAAACCCAAGUUUGCAAUAAAAUAAACCAAUUUUCAGAGAAUUAAGAGCACUGAAAAUGUAUCCAUAAGCUAUAGACAUCGUCUGCUUGGGUUGGUAUACUCCCUUCUGUGGCAUCAUUAGAACAUUGCCGUAUUUCUUCCGAUGUUCUGGUACUUAAUAAAAAAAUUUCGAUUUCAUUUAAAUUGUUUUAGCACCUGGUAUGACAUUUACCAAAAUCUUCAGGCUAUCUACAAGAUAUUAGGGUACUUUUAGACAUGAAUUAUCCGUAGCUAUAAUUUUCUUUCAUUGUCUACUUUAACAUUUGAAUUUGGCAUCACCAGAACGAGAGUGCUGCUCUUUAUAUUAUACAGUGCGUAUAAAAAAACGGACACACUUGAAAAGUCUAAAAUUUUCAUUUGUUUCAAAUUGUGAUGUCUAUGUUUUGGUGUUAAUAGGUGCUCUGAAGUCUUAUCUUUCAAAUGCCAUUUAAAAAAUUAGUUUUGUUCAUGCUUUACCGAACACGGAAUGUUUUUGUCUGGGUUUUAAAAAGGAGGCUUGCGCAAAAAUGGCAUAAAAUGAAAAUAUGAUGAUCGGACUUCUUGCUAAUCAGCAGACCUCCUCUCAACUUUUUCAUUAUCUCUGCCAUAAUUUUCUAAUUAUGCGGUCAAAAUUCAUUUUCAAAUCUUUACUUGCUUGAAUUUAAAUUUUUUUUUUAAAGUAUGUUCUCUUUUAGCUUUGAAUAUUCCUUCUUUAAGCAAAAACAUUUUUUUUUUUCAAACGAAGUAUGGGAAAGCGUGUUUUUUUUCAAAUCCUUUCAUUGUGUGCUAAAAACGUUAUGGUGCCUUUAAACAGUGCCAUACAGAUGGGCGGGGGCUCGGGGAUGUCCCCCCCCAAAAAAAAAAAAUAAUAAUAAUAAUAAUGACCAAGAAAAAAGUGGAAAGGAAAUAAAAGGAAAGAUAGAAAGUGAAAUAUGAUAUUAUUUUCUGAAUAUUAUUUCAGAAUCUGUCUCAAAAUUGGAUAGUUUAAUAAAAAGGUGGAAAUUUUUGCUUGCACACCCCGCUCGCUUACAAUUUUUUAAUACAUUUUACCCAAUCUGCCAUACCUAGCUCCUUCAAAAUUGACUCAAUACACCAUUGCCAUUGAAAGAUAUGUAUCCUUUCCUAGUUAUCCUGUCAAGCACAUAAUUAAACUUGGUCAAGAAAUCAAUAACCCCUUGAAAAAUGGAUUCAUGUCUUUUAAGGGUACCAUAACAUAAUUUGUUUCUUUGAUUUGAAUAAGUACAGGUUUUCGCAAUUAAUAAUGCAAAUCUUCUUGUAUGGGUUGACAAAAGGUCUUCUUUUCUUACUUAUGAAGGAAAAUUCAAAGGUAAAAGAAGUUUAAAUGAAAAAAAAUAACUCGAGUAAAUAAAGUUUGACCGCAUAAUCGAAAGUUAUGGCACAGAUAAUGAAAAAGUUAAGAGGAAGUCUGCUGAUUAGCAAGAAAUCUGAUCAUCAUACUACUCAUAUUCUGCCAUUUUGGCGCUAAAAACGUCCCGUGUUUGCUCAAGCAUGAACAAAAAUUAUUUCUUUAAAUGGCAUUUCAAAGAUAAUAUUUCAGAGCAUAUUUUAACAUCAAAAUAUAAAUAUCAUAAUUUCAAAAAAAAAAAUUUAAGAAUUUUCAAAACUGUCCCGUUUUUGUUUAAUACGCACUGUAUAUAUAUAUAUAUAUAUAUUAUGUCUCGUUAUUAUUUCAUUAUUGAUAUUAUCAUUGAUUAAUAUUAUCCUUUUUGAUAUGUGCUGCAUAUGUUUUGGCUAUAUGCCAAUAGAUUUUGUUUGUGUGUGAGCUGAUGAACUUCAUAACAUUUACAUUAUGAUUGUAUUGAUGAUGUUGAUUAAUGGCAUUAAAAAUUGAAGUUUAAAACAUA